GAAUUAAAGGAGAGGACUAUGAGCGUGCUUAGUCCAUACUGCCUGGUUGGGUCACAUGAGCUUUCGCAUGAUAGUAACCAAACUGCACAAGCCUCUGAAAGUGGUCCUCUACCACUUGUCUCUCUUUUGGAGUUUGUGAGUGGAAUUUAUCGGAAGGACCCAGAGCAGUUGUCUGGCAAUGACGUCUUGUGGACAUUUGUGAACUUUGCUGGAGAGGACGAUACAAAUUUUCAAACUCUUGUGGCUCUCUUGAAUAUGCUGAGUACCUUGGCUUCUAGUCAAGAAGGUGCUGCAAUGGUUUUGGAGUUACUUCAGGGCAAAGUGUUUCGUUCUGUUGGGUGGAGCACCUUGUUUGAUAGCUUGUCAAUUUAUAAAGAGAAAUUUUAAACAGUCCCUUGCUGGUGCCAUGUUACUGGAACUCCCAGAGGGUGAUGCUUAUUUGAAUGUCCUUCAAAAGGUUGUGGAUAAUGGAAAUCCCCUUGAACGAAAUAUUUGGAAGGAUAUAGUUUUCCUGAUACCGUUUGUGCUUAGCUGUUAGAUAUUUUGAGCAUUAAGCUUUGCCAAUUUUGUAAGGUCAGAAGAAGAACGACUUCAUGAACUUUCCCCGGCAAAAGUAAUGAGCUAAUGUCAGUUAGAAGCCAUAUGUUCUAUGUCUAUCACCAUUUAAAUCACACACUCUCUGGAGUAGUAAAAUUAUAUGCUUUUUUAUUUUUUAUUUUUUUGAUCAUGAAGCAUCUGUUUUCUAAUUGAUUCGUUGAUUAUAUAGGAGGUAUAUCACGAUGGUGGAAAUGUGCCGGGGAAUAGAGAUCAGUUAAUAACCAUGUUACUUCCACUAGUGGAACAUGUGCUGAAUGUCUUCCAAAGCCAUUUUCAGUAUAGGUAUGUAGCUCUUUGGCAUCUGAUCCCCCUCGUUUUUUGAAGACAAUUACAAAUGGUGCCAACUGUGGCCCGUGGGUCUCAGUUCUCAAAUCAAACCUGUAUCAGAAGAUAGUGAUAGAGAGGCCUGUAAGCAAAAACAUUCUGCAGUCAAGAGUGUAGAAGAGAAAUUUGAAGCAGUAUUAUCACUGAAGGGGCCCUCUGAUCAGGAAACCAGAAAUAGAUCCCUCAAUAACAGCAAGGAAGUGAGCCCCGUUAAAGUUGUCAAUGGAGUUGCCGUUGUACCAGGAAGGACUCGCACCCUGGUUGAGAGAUUUGAAAGGAGAGAGAGAUUUAGUAGCAAUGACGAUCAAGCAACUGGCGUAUUUGGUCCUGUGAUACCUGAAUGGCUGAAUAUCAAGCAACCAGCAUAUCUCGUACUGUGAUACCUGAAGAUCAAGCAAGUAGCAUAUCUAGUCCUGUGAUGCCUGAUGAUCAAGCAACUAGCAUAUGUAGUCCUGUGAUACAUGAAAUGGAUAAAGCAUUCACCAUGCAGCGAGAAGAAGAACCUCAAAUUUCUGGGAGGCACAUGUCAUCUGCAAACAAUGAUCCUGCUGAAGAUCUGAUGCAAACUCAUGAUGCAUUCCUAAGUACCGUUCAAUCCAGCCUGACAAAACUGCAGGUGGUGAGGCAUUUUUGGGAACGAAAUGAUAUUAAAGGUGCUAUCAGUGCUAUCAGAAAGCUGCCAGAUCAUUCGGUACAAGCAGAUGUGAUUAGUGUUCUCCUGGAGAAAAUGGAUAUUCUGACAUUAGAUCUCUUUUCUUGUUUGCUGCCUGUGCUUCUGGGCUUACUUGAUAGCAAAAUUGAGAGGCAUGCAAAUGUGUCAUUGGAGAUGCUGUUGAAGCUAGUAGCAGUCUUUGGCCCAGUUAUACGGUCUACCAUUUCAGCACCUCCAGCUGUCGGAGUCAAUCUUCAGGCAGAGCAAAGGCUGGAGUGCUGCAACCAAUGCUCUGUACACCUGCAAAAGAUCCAGAAAAUUCUCCCAGUCUUUGUAAGGAAGGGGGGGCGUGCUGGCAUGAUGUGCUCUAGAAUUGAAUCUAAUUCUUUAAGAGUCAUAACAGAUACUGUCUGUCAGAACUGCAAAAAGGUGGCUUGGCUGAUAUAAUGUGUAACAGGAUUGCA